AUGCUGAAGAAGAAAUCCCUUCACCCUCCUCUACUCUUUUGGCACAACACUCCCAGCUCAACACCAGAACUCUCCCCGACGUCCUCAUCGGACUCCGAGUCGGACGAGGACAUGGAGCCUUCUGGUUCACGUCCGUUAAGUCUGACUGUUCCUCAAGGCCCUUUCUGUUCCAUGCGUCCGACCCUCGAUGAGGUGCUCGCGAAUACGGCACCUGCUCCCUACACCCUCAGCGCUUUCAUGGCCUAUCUUUCGCAGAACCACUGCCUGGAGACCCUGGAAUUCACAAUGGAUGCGAAGCGGUACCGGGAAGCUUAUGACAGCGUCAGCCGUCAACUAGGACAGUUUCCAGUUACGACCGACUGCCCAGAGACCCGCCACCUGUGUAUGCUCUGGCAACGACUUCUGUCUGCUUAUAUCGUCCCCGGAUCCCCGCGGGAAAUAAACGUUUCCAGCGAGGUCCGUGAUUAUAUUCUUCUGAGACACGCCAACCAGGCUAUCCCUCCUCAACCUUCGAUGUUGGACGCCGCGGUUAAGCUUGUUCAUGAUUUGAUGGAGGAGUCGAUUUUCAUGCCCUUUCUGAACGCCCAUUCAUCAUCCACCCAUGUGCUGCCCCUCGCAGACCCAUUGUUCUCCCACGAUGACAGCCAUGUAACAAUUGUUUCCAAUCCGAGUUUGGAUGAACACGCGGUGAAGCGAGUUCGCUCUAAGGGUGGGCGUCUUUCACCCCGGGCCUCGAGGGAACUAGGCUCGCCGGUUUCUUCGAGCCCGCCUGCUGGCCACCUACCUCGCUCUAAUUUCUCCAUCAACGCAGUCACUUCUCGUGGCAAGUCCGUGCACCGAACAUCAACCCAACCGUCAAGCACUGCCAGUGGCGACUCUACUUUGACAGAUGACUCUGGUAGUCUUCAGUCGAGUACCGGGGAGCCGAUGACUCCCCCAACCACCCCACCAUCUAGUGAGCCCGGGAUGCAGGCGAGCAGCCCCAAGAACCGCGUCGACAACCCCUGGAAGAAAAUGGGCAUGAAGCUCGGGUUCAAAAAGCGAGGCAACGCCAGCCAAAGCAUGCGUUUCCCUUCGGACGAAUGA